AUGGUCGCGAGCAAUGGCACCUUUGACCCAUAUUGGGGCGACAUGGACAAAACUCUGGGGCAGCUCUUUAUGAUGGGCUUCGAGGGCACCACUGUAACGCCACAGAUCAAGAAGCUGAUCCGAGAGGACCACCUUGGUUCCAUCUUACUUACUGCGAAGAACUUGAAAAGUGCCGAGCAGUGCACAGAGCUCGUGCUUGAACUGCAACGAACAGCAUACGAGGCUGGCCAUACCGUCCCUCUGCUCAUUGGCCUGGACCAGGAGAAUGGCGGCGUCAACAGUCUCUUCGAUGAGAUCUACAUUCGCCAAUACCCUUCGGCGAUGGGUCUGGCAGCCACCGGGUCCAAGGAAAUCGCGUACGAAGUAGCCAAGGCGACCGCCGAAGAGAUCGCAGCAUGCGGUCUCAACCUGAUGAUGGGACCAUGUCUCGACGUGCUGACCAACGUCCGUAACCAGCCACUCGGUGUGAGAACGACAGGCGAUGAUCCUCAAGAAGUCUCAGCAUAUGGCAUUGCCUUCAUGAAAGGAUACAAGGACGCGGGUGUCAGUACCAUGGGCAAACACUUUCCAUCGUACGGCAGUCUGGAGUUCCUCGGAUCAGCUCUUGAUGUGCCAACGAUCACGGAGAGUCUUGAGUCGCUCAGUCUCAACGCCUUGGUGCCCUUUCGCAAUGCGAUUCUGGCAGGCCUCGAUGCCAUGAUGGUUGGAGGCUGUGCCAUGUCGUCUGCUGGGCUGAACGUAAUGCACGCAUGCCUGUCAGAUCAGGUCGUGAACGAUCUCCUUCGCAACGAUCUACGCUUCGACGGUGUCGUCAUCUCCGACUGCCUCGAGAUGGAAGCGCUCAGUCAUAACAUUGGUGUUGGUGGCGGCACAGUAAUGGCCAUCAACGCUGGAUGUGAUAUUGUACUUUUGUGCCGAUCUUUUGUUCACCAACAGGAAGCCAUCGCCGGGUUUAAGCUGGGUCUGGAGAACGCGAUGAUCAGCGAGGAACGCAUCAAGGUAUCGCUGAAGCGUGUCCUGGACAUGAAGGCAAAAUGCACCAGCUGGGACAAGGCCCUCAAUCCUCCUGGUGUAAGCUUGCUGUCGCAGCUGCAGCCAUCGCACACGACGUUAUCGACCAAAGCAUACAACUCGUCCAUCACUGUCGUUCGUGACAAGAACAGGCUUCUGCCAUUAACGAACCUGAUGGAACCUGAAGAUGAGCUACUGCUUCUGACACCUCUGGUCAAGCCACUAGCAGCCUCGGCAGCAUCACGAGCGCUCUCAGAACAGGCAACAAAUGGAUCGCCCGAACCAGCAGCCUGGGAACGUAGCGCAUCUGUCAUGAGCGGCGAACGAGUCUUUCGAGAACUUGGUCGUUCUCUUGCUCGAGGAAGAAGUGGCCGUGUCCUCCAUACAUCUUACACCGCCAAUGGCGUACGACCACAGCACGAGAACCUAAUCAACAGAGCCAGCGCAGUGGUGAUAGUCACUGCAGACGCUAAUCGCAACAUGUAUCAGCAUGGCUUCACCAAACAUGUUUCCAUGAUAUGUAAUAUGCAUUAUACGUCUAGCGGCGAGAGGCGCGAGAAGCCGCUGAUCGUGGUCUCCGUCAGCUCGCCGUAUGACUUUGCCAUGGAUCAGAAUAUCGGGACUUACAUCUGCACGUACGACUUCACGGAGACCGCACUGAUGUCGCUGGUGAAAGUCUUGUAUGGAGACUUCACAGCCGCUGGCGCACUACCUGGAUCGAUCAGCCAGAGUCAGAAGCUAUCACAAUCGAAACAGCACUGGCUAGUCGAGGCUUUCAACGAAGAGCGCGAUUCGAAUGGUCUCGACGCGCUGAUCAAGGCGGUCGUCGAUGGUAAUACGCCUGGUCUCCACUCCGAGCUAGCAUGCGCCACUUCGAAUUCGUUCCUGCUUCGAAAUCCCGAAGUGCUUGAGUCGCAUUACGUUGUGCGCAACAGCAGCACCCAAGCGGUGUAUGGCUUCUGCGCAACGUACUACUUCCAAGCGAGCGGCACUGGAGCAAUUGGCGCAAUCUUUGUCGACCCAAGCCGGAGGAAGCUCUCUAUCGGACACUCUCUGCACAAUCGUGCAAUACGCAAUCUGCUUCAAAGGGAAGGCGUAAAGCGCUUCCAGCUCGGAUCUCGAUCGCCCAGUAUAUACCUUGGUAUCCCAACAGGCCAUGGCGGCGAGCGGAAACGACUGCGAUCGUGGUUCGCGAAUCUUGGCUGGAAUACCGCACUUUCCAGGGCCGUAUGCAGCAUGGUCGCCCGGAACUUGUCCACUUGGGCGCCACCCGAGGGCAUGGCAAAGAGCUUACAGAGCGCAGGUGCUGACUUCGAUCUCGUCUACGGCUGGAACUAUGCGGGACCAGUACUCGACCACAUCAAGACCAACAACAGACAGGGUCUUGCCGAAGUGUAUAAGAUGGCGCUCGCAGACCCUGAAGCGUGCGGCAUCAUUCGCGCGAAGCGACCUGACGACGGCACAAUCGUGGGAACCGUUGUGCUCUACAAUAUGUCGUCCCAGGUGGCGGAGUUCGUGCCUAGCAUGAAGGAUCUGGGUGAGCUGGCUGGUGGGAUAUCGUCACCAGUGAUCAGUCCUUCUGUGGGCGAGUAUUCGACUCUGCUGCAAGGCUUAAUCUUGCUGGGAAUGCGCCAGAUCAAGCAGCAAGGAUGCAAUGCUUGCGUGUUGGACUAUAUGGAUGGCGAUGGAAACCUCGAUGGUCUCAGUGCUAUGGGUUUCAGCACCCUGCACAACUUCGAAGAGGUCAGUUGUGACGCCGCGACCUGGACGAUGGUGCCACCAUCUUGA